AUGAAGAGGAUGGAUGAUAAUAUUCACGACACCAUGGCCACGCCUGGCGCGACCCCCGGGUCUGCGGUCCAAUACUGCUACAUGUUCGAGGGCGAUAAACGCCCGACCAAGCAGCUCGACGCACUCCUCAGAGCCAUUGCCAUGCACAUCAUACGCAAGAUUGGCGAUCGGAAUGAACCACAGCUCACCCCGAAAAAGCUCGCCGCCUUUUACCAGACUGUCGGCGGCGACUAUGAUUCCAUAUUCAUCGCGAUGCCCAACUCCUCCAUAUCAUAUAUAUGGCAAGUUACCGGGUGUCAGCACACCCUGUUACCCACCGACAACGACUUUGCGCCCCCGUCUAUACCCGCCUUGACCCCGCGUGGCUUUUCCCGUUGGGAGUCUGUCGAAAUCCUACUCGGCCCCGAGGAACACGUCCCGUUUUUGCAGUUUGCCGUCAAGAAUUGGAACUUGCGACAUCCAGAAACUGGCGAGUGCUUCCCCACAGAUUUACCCGCCGAUGUAUUCCCCUCCGAGGCCGAUGAGGAAGUCGAUCUGUGGCACAAGGCUUGUGGCGAGAGGUUGACGCGCGAGGCCGCUGGUCGACCAGUUCGCCCAACCAGGCACGCCAAACACGAGCAGGAACCCGAACCUGCCAAUGCCGAAUUCUCGCAAAAUCACACCAGAAACCAUUCACAAGGCGGCACGCCGCGCCAUCGGCAAAACGACGCCGACUACUUUGGCAGGUCAUUCAGCUACGUUAAUGCCCCCUCCAGUGGCCGCCCGCCCAAACAUGGCCAUUCUAGCCGCUCCCCUGAGAAGCGGUCGCGAAGCAACCGCAGCUUCAACGACAGAGUAAGACGGCGAAGCUUUCCCGACCUUGCUGCCUCACCCAGGGAUGAUGAACCAGAGCCGCGCUAUGCCCACGACGAAGCUUAUCUGGAUUCAAAGGAAGCGCGCCGCCCGGCAACGGGUAGACGGCAUAGUCAUCCCCGCCAUUACUCCUCUGACGAGGACAUGGAGCCCGAGCCGGUGAUUCCUAGGAGCAGGCGACGGCAAGGGGUUUCACCCCCUGGAAUACGCCGCUUCAGCCCACCAGAAUCAGGCCAUGGCAGUGGAUCAAGCUCGUCGCGCACCCAUCGAGCAGAGAGCGAUCUGAAAAAGCGUGUUGGACCUAGCCCACUUGGAUCUCUGCGAAGCAAGCUCACCGAAACCGUGUCGAGCUUCUUACCGAAUGGUCGCACGUCGCGACCAAAUUCCAGGAACCAAGGUAGCAACGAGCAUCUUCGCCAACGAAGGAGCCGCGAACAAGUUCGACCUACUCGCCUGAAUCGCAGUCACUCGGACCUGGACUCGGACAACGACUCAGACAUGGGACCCUUGGACGAUAUGUCGAGACGGCGCAGGCGGCCCGAGGAGCGGGACCGCGAUAGGUAUCGCGACGGCGGCCGUUUCCGGGAGGAGGACAGGGAGGAUGAAAGGGACUCUGGCAUGUAUCGUGACCGCCAGCAAAACCGUCGAGCGGAUGUCUACCGGCGUACCAGCAGCCACGCAGAUGUGGACAGACGGAGAGAGCAGGACAACUGGGAUCUCCGUGAUCGAGAGCGCCUCAAAAAAUGGGAUAAGGAGCGGAGAUCAUCUCCCGAGGAGACCCUCGAUAUACCCCCUCUAAACGGGCAGUUCUUUUCGAGACGGCAUCCCGAGCCAGCUUAUAGCUGA